AUGGGGGAGGAGGUGAUUCUGUUGGAUUUCUGGCCGAGUAUGUUUCGCAUGAGGGUGAGAAUUGCAUUAGCGGAGAAAGGCGUCAAGUAUGAGUACAGAGACGAGGACUUGUUGAAGGGUGGGAAGAGCCGUUAUCUUCUUCAGGUGAACCCAGCUCAUAAAAAGAUCCCAGUUCUCAUUCACAAUGGCAAACCCAUCUCUAAAUCUUCCAUCAUCGUUCAGUACAUCAAUGAAGUAUGGAACGAUAAAGCUCCUUUGCUUCCGUCUAAUCCGUAUGAGAGAGCUCAAGCAAGGGUUUGGACUGAUUAUAUUGACAAAAAGGUGUAUGAUGCUGGGAGGAAGCUAUGGACCACCACAGGUGAGGAGCAGGAGGCAGCAAAGAAGGACUUCUUUGAAAUCUUUAAAACCUUGGAGGGGCAACUUGGUGGCGAGCCAUAUUUUGGGGAAGAGAACUUGGGGUAUGUUGAUGUGUAUUUGAUUCCUUACUAUUGCUGGUUUCAUGCAUAUGAGACGAUGGCGAAUAUCAGCAUGGAGGGAGAGUGCCCCAAAUUGGUGGCAUGGGCGAAAAGAUGUGCGCAGAAAAAGAGUGUUUCAGAAUCGCUUGUUGAUGAAAAGAAAAUCUCAGGGUUUGUUCUGAAGUGA